AUGAGUGAUAAUGCAAAUGCAGGAACGAUGAAUCCAAAUCAGAAACGAAUAGUUGUAGGAAUGUACAAAAACACCAAAUCUUCAACAAAAGUGUUCAAAUCCCCAUUUCAAGAUAUUCCACAACCAACAUUUGACUUAUUUAAGGAUGAAAUCCAAGACAAUCUUAAUAAAAUACUUGUUGAUGGAGAUUUGUCUCUUCCUGGCAAGUCGUUUAUUGAUAUUUCAAGACAAUUAGCAAUUCCAACGGAAACUAGUCCAACAGAAGGCCAUCAGCUUUACGAUUUCACAUCUCAACAUGUUGUUGAUUUUGCAAACGACGUAACAACUCAUAUUUCUAAAUUCAAAAAUGUUGAUCAAAUUGGUUCGUUUUGGACGGACAUUUCAUCAAAAAUCAACGAAAUCUCCAUUUCUUUCUCUCCUCUAUCUACUAAAUCCAACAGGUUGCCUCUUCUUCGUUCCAAAUUCGAAGAUGUUAUCAAAACAAACUUAGAAAGCACUUUACCAGAAUUUGACCGUGUCUGUGAUAUUAUCAUCAAAGAAUACAAUAACAACAGAACUCCUGAAAACUUCGAAACGGAAAAACUCGCUUUUAAUUUCGUAAAAGAUAGCGGUCUUUUCGAUGAAGUCUUCCUUCCGAAAUUAAUACAGUCAGUUGUUGAUCGCAUUCGCGACCAAGUUGAUGCUGCUUUUGAAGGUCCUCUCCAUGAAUAUUUAUCUCAAGCUGUUUCUCUCGUUCAAAGCGAAAUCAACGAUGCAGAACCAUUCAUUUCUCCAUCAUCAUUACGAAAACUACAAAGAGAGCUUUAUAAUCUCAUUUUUACCUCCAAAUUCCAACAAAUUGUUAAAGUUGGUCUUCCUGUUAUUGUUAAAGAGAAGAAUGCCGAUUCCAUUAAAAUCUGUGUCAAUCUUGCCAAAGAAACAGAUAAAAUUAAUGAGUUUGUCCGUAGAUUAUCUCAUGUUUUCGAAGCCGAGGCCGAUUGCUUCAAUUUAGAGAAUCCAAUUGCCCAUAUCCUUGAUCUCCAUCGGACCAUGAUCAUGUUCAAUGAAGCAGCCCAAUUUUCUCCAGAACAUAUCAAAACAAUCAGAUCUUCCUUCGACAAAGGCUUCAACAACCUUCCUGAUGUUGCCGCCAGACUUCUUGCUAUCGAAGUCAACAGGGAAUUCAUCACUGGCCAAGUUUCAGACGAAACUUUGGAACAUCUUUUAGAUGUAUUCAAAAUCCUUUCAUACAAAGAUGUUUUCGUAUCCUACCAUGCAUAUUUCCUUGCCAAACGCAUUCUCCUCAUGAAGAAACACACAGUUGACGAUGAUCUGAAAUUUAUGGAUAAUCUUCGAGUUCUUUGUGGUCCAGAAUACACAAAACCAUUACGUAUGAUGUUCGAAGGCCUCAAACAAUCACUCGAAGUGAUGGACGCCUUGAGAUCUGAGAAAUCAAUUCCGAAAUGGUUCUCUUGUGUGAUGUUUUCACAGGAAUCGUGGCCAGGAAUCGAACCAUGUGACGCAAUCAUUCCUUCCCAGGUACUUCCACACUUGCAAGCCUUCGAAAACAAGGCAGUUGCAGAGAAAAAGAAGAGAAUCAUGCAUUCACUGCAGCUAACACGUGUUAAACUGGAAGUAAAGGGUGUUAAAGGCAUCAAAACUAUCAAGUGCAAUGGCCUUUACGCGAGUUACUUGUUGGCAUUCAAUGAUGUUCCUUCGAUGCUUGUUUCACAGAUUUCCAAAGCGACGAAAAUUGAUCAGAAAGAUGUUGAAGAAAUGACAGAAAUUCUCAAGAGAAAGAGAGCAGGAAAUCUCAUUCUUUUGGUUCACCAAAUGGUCAGAAUCAAUCCAGAGGCAAGUGUUGAAUCUGGAGCAUUGAACAUCGCGUUCUCUUUCCCUCCUAUUUCACAGAAAGAUGACGAACACACAAAGAACGCAAUCAUGCAGAACAGAGACAACCAAAUCGAUGCAAUGGUUGUAAGAAUUCUUAAGUUUGAGAAAUCUCUCGACAGAGAGGAUUUGAAGCUCAGACUAAAGGACGCACUCAAGUUCAGAAUGGAUGACGAAAUGUACGAGAAGAGACUCAACUCCCUCAACAAGAGACAGUUCAUCAAACUCGACGCUUCUGGAUGUGUUAACUAUAUCUAA